UACUACAUAGGGAACUAGGCGUCGAUUUGAGACGCAGCCCGGUUCCUCAGUGAGGUGUAAACAUGGCGGACAGCACGCGAGCUCAGAAACUGGACCUCGUUUUGCAGCAUAUAAGACAUUUUCCUGAUUUUCCCAUCAAAGGCAUCAUGUUCAAGGAUAUUUGCCCUAUUUUGAAGGAGCCCAAAGCCCUGGCUGCAGUUAUAGAUCUGUUUGAGGAGCAUGUCAGGCAAAACCACCCACACACUGAACUCAUUGUGGGUCUGGAUGCCCGUGGCUUUCUGUUUGGGCCUCUUUUGGCUCAGAGGUUGGGAAUCGGCUUUGUCUUGGUCAGGAAGAAAGGGAAACUUCCUGGUCCCACAGUGUCUGUAGCGUAUACACUUGAGUAUGCCACGGCUGAAGCAGAGAUUCAGGUUGAUGCGGUGCAACCAGGACAGAAGGUUCUCAUCAUUGAUGACCUGCUGGCUACUGGAGGGACUCUGUACGCAGCGUGUGAGCUGAUGAAGAAGCAGAAGGCUCAGGUGCUGGGCUGCUUGGUGGUGAUCGAGCUGAAGGAUCUCCGUGGGGCAGAAAGACUCUCCGUCCCCGUCUUUUCUUUGUUACAGAACUGAACGCAUGUUCACGACUGCACCAAGAGACAUGAAGCAUUCCACAUUUACACAGAACAAUAAGUACAUGUACAGAUUCUUUUGAAUCGUAUUUUGUCUCUUUAAUUCAAAGAAAACUGGAGCAAGUUUAAUUAAUUAUCAAUUAAUUGCAGCAAAUAUUAGGAUUGUUCAGUAGGAGAUUUUUAUCCUUGUGCUGCAGCUGUGCAAUUGCACUUGAUUCUUAGUCAAUAUGUCUAAAUAGGAAACAAUAUGUUCAUGUGUUAUGGAACAAUUCUCAUUCCCCUAGUUGGGAUAUGAACAGUAAGACAUUUGCUUUAAUUAUAGCACUGAUUCUGUUUUUAUUUAUAUGCAUAUUGUUCAUUCAGUUGCUUCAUUGGGGCAGGUUUACAAAUGAGCCAUUAUAUGUUUACAGUUUGUAAGGGAUGAAACCGUGCCUGUAAAGCCAUUUCAGAAGACAGGAUUUCACUUAAAGGAAAGGUCCACUCUGAACGACUUGCAUAUUAAUCUUUUAUAAUUAACAUUUCAAGAUUUUUUGGUUAAAUUCUGAGUUGUUAGUUUAAACUUAUGUCAGUAACAUGGUCUGUUUUCACUUUGGAAAAGAGUUUCCACAUUACCCACAAUAGGCCUCAUUUAUCAAUUUUGCAGUAAAGUUGUGUGUAAGUGUUUGCGGAAGCCAAACCCAACUAAAAUGUUCCGCCAGAUUUACAAACGUUUUGGAAAGGUUGAUUUUCUUUGUACUCGUGCGUGUUAUGUUGAUCACCUGUAACUUGCACACAGCUCAUUUGCAUAUAGUGCCACCCACAAAACUCCAUCAAAGUUCAAGUGCAUAAAAAGCUUGGAGCAUGAAAUGAAUGAUCAGGAUAAGGUCUGAAAGACAGACAAAGAAGUUAUUUUGACUCACUUUUAAGUCAGUAAAAAUAUUUAAUAAUAUAUAACAUUAAUAAUGAUGAUAAAGUGCAAAAUCUUCCAUCAGCUGAGGCAUUUGUUUAUGACUUGCGCUAUUGCGCAGACAGACCAGUCCAUCCUCCGUUUAUAGGGUGCCAUUUCUUUUGUCAUAAUUGAAUGAUUAGUUUUGUUUUAAUCUAUGCUUUUGUUUUUGGCUUUCUUUCUUUCUGUUUUUAAUUAAUGCAAAUAAUAUAAAACAGCUGGUUUUCACAACAUGUUCUUGAUGGUACUCCUAGUCCCUGACCUAGUGAACUAGCAUGAGGAUGUGUUUUUGAUAGACUCCAAGCACUUCUCUAAGUCACUCUAGAUAAGGGCAUCUGCUAAAUGCUGUAAAUGCAAUAAAAAUAAGCAAUUUAAACUUGACAGUAUAUUCCAUAUAUUAAACUGCAGUAAUCCAUGCAAAUUAUGUGAGUUGAAGUCAAUCAUGUAGAGAUUUACAUUUGUUAGUCUUAUGCGUAAAUUUAAAUACUUGUACGAGCAAUUUAUGAAUAAAUUCAUUCAUACCUAGUUGGAUAAAUGAGCAUUCAUUUCUACCUGACGAGAGCAAUGCAGCAGAGCUUUAGCCCUUUAAUCCGUCCAGCUCUAUCACCUCCUCAUCAAUCAGUGCAUGCCGUAGAUCAGUAACUGGCCAAACUGCAUCUCCGCCAGAACACAGCGCUACAGCAUCAUAUAGCUGCAAUGCACUUUAGAGUCCAGCGUCUACUUCUACACUGGAUUUCUCACUGAUACGAUGUUGAACAUCGCUGGAAAAUGGAAUGAGACAAGAAGUUCAUGCUGUUUGAUUUUUAGGAGCCAGCCAGUUAGCAGCCACGCAAUGCUGUAUCCAGUUGUGGGAUCUUUGCAAACUAUUUUCAUUGACUCAGUAAAAAUAAAAAAUAUAUAUUUUUUGCUCUAUUUUGUCUGAAAUGUCAGUUACUUGAUAUUAAUUUCUUAUUGCUUUUAUACAACAGUUCAAUUAAUAUCACAUGAGCAAGAGUGCCGUUAUGCUGAAUGUAGUUAGAGUUGUAGUAACCUGCGGCCUCGUGUCUACUGCUGCAUCACAGCUGUGCAGAUACUCAGUAUAACGGCACUCUCGCUCAUGUGAUAUUGCUUAAAUAAACAGUGUGUUUCAGGGUGGUUUCCUUUAAUGACAGCAAGUGUGGAAUGUACCACGUAAGCAGCACGUGCUGCACCAAGUAUAGCUGCCCUACUACAGAAACAGCCCAAAAACACAAACAAAUGAAUGCGUAAUUCAAAUGAUCAAUAAUGUGUUAUUGAUUAAAAGAUUUUGAGAACCAUGUGUUCAAACUAGCUUGUUUAUUGGACAUUUAUGCAGCUCAAGACUCGUCCCAUGACCUGCUGCUGUACAGCAAAUGUACAGCUGUAAUGGCUCAGUGUGCACCUCCUUAAUACAAGCAUUCACGAGCCUAAAAUGCACAGCCACCUUAAUGUCAACAAAAUGUUUCAUUUCAAAGAAAAAAAAAAAAUAUUCACACAAACUUGUAUAUUCUGUUGUAAAACAUCUCUCUCACA